AUGGAAUUUCGUUCUUUACGUUUAUUUAACUACCUUUUUCGGAAAUCUUUUCGUGUCCCUGUGUACAGAAAUAUUUCUAAUGCUGCCGUACAGGAAGAAUCUAGUUCGGAACUGUUAAAGAAUUUCAAUGCAGACAUUAAAGCAGGGGGUGUUGUACCAGUAUUCAAGAGAGCAUUACUAUUUCCCUCUCGAGUGGCACUCCAAGAUGAAAUCGGAACUUACACUUAUGCAAGGCUAUAUCAAGCAGCCACUGCUCUUAGCAAGGAUAUCGCAGCACAAUUAUUGGGCGAUACAGAGCGUACGAUCUCAUACAUGUGUACGAAUAGCGCCUCACAUGUCGUCGUGCAAUGGGCGAUAUGGAUGACGGGCAAUAUAGCCGUACCACUAACACCCUUGCAUCCAGCAGAAAUGUUGAAGUAUUUCAUCACAGACAGCGGUUCAAGCUUAGUGAUAUGUUCCGAAGACUUCCAGAAGAUUCUAACUCCAGUGGCCAAAGAACUAUCCAAGCCGUUAUUGGUCGUUACAGCGGUUCAGGACCAAGGAAACGAUGUUCAGGAUAAGACCGACUCAUUGUCUGAAGUCGGUCAUUCAAAUAAAUGGUAUGGAGGCACUGAGGCUAUGCUGAUUUAUACUAGUGGUACAACAAGCAAGCCCAAGGGUGUUGUAUGGACUCAUAGCAUGCUGACGACCCAAAUAGCAGCCCUACACACAGCGUGGCAGUACUCCGCCCACGACGUUGUACUCCACACCCUGCCUUUACACCAUAUACACGGACAGUUGAACUCUUUGAACGCUUCCUUAGCAGCCGGGGCAAGAAUACGGAUGCUACCAUCGUUUGUGUCCCACAAUGUAUGGGCUCGUCUGCUCGGUACUGGAGAAGAGGAGGAUGCCAAAGUGUCUGUAUUUCACGGCGUACCGGCGAUGUACGCUAAACUAGUGGCCGACUAUGAAAAAAUGUUCACUGAUACCAAAACGACUGAUUAUGUGCGCUCAACUUUAUCUUCUAAGAUGAGACUCAUGUGCGCUGGCUCUGCUCCGUUACCUGAGACUUUGUUUAAGAAGUGGGAAGAGAUAUCAGGUAUCCGGUUACUGGAGCGCUACGGCAUGUCAGAAGUGGGCAUGGCUCUAAGCAACCCUUACAGACCAGUAGAAGAUCGGACAGUGGCCUGUGUGGGCUUGCCCUUACCGAGCACUGCAGCUAGGGUCGCCUCUGCCUCAGAUCUGAAGGCCUUGGUCACUGUGGAGGCUGAUGCUGCUAAUGUGGAGAUAUCACUUGAAAAACUAGGUCUUACACCCAUCAAGACCUUGGAACACGAAAAGCAAUGGACAACUAAAGUGACUAAACAUGAAAUAAGUGAAGAUGGCUCUUACCAAGGCGAGUUGCUACUGAAAGGACCAGCUAUUUUUACUCGCUAUUGGAAUCGAGCACCGAAUCCAGACUCCCCAGAUUUCACAAGCGACGGCUGGUUCCGUACAGGAGAUACAGCAGCUUUUACCGACGGUAAGUUCAAAAUACUCGGAAGAACCUCCGUAGAUAUCAUCAAAACUGGAGGUUACAAGGUCAGUGCCCUACAAGUAGAAUCCGCCCUUCUAGAACAUUCAAGCAUCCAAGACGCAGCAGUUUUAGGUAUCGAAGACGACAGCUACGGGGAAAUUGUCGCAACUGUAGUAGUUUUGAAGAAAGACGCUAAACUAACUUUAAAAGAAUUGAAGGACGAGGCUGGGAAAAAAUUGGCACCGUACCAAUUGCCGAAGACCAUGUUGAUUGUUGACGAAAUGCCGAGAAACGCAAUGGGGAAAUUGGAUAAGAAAGUGAUAAGGCAGAAGUUUGGGGAUCAAUUGGUGUUUAAGAAGAAUUAGUUUAUUACUGCAUUGUCUUUGAUUUUAUUAUGAAUGUUCCUAAAAAAUUUAAAUAUACCAUAUAUUUUUAGUUCAAACCAGAUUAAUAAGACCAGUUGUUGGAAUGUUCGAAUGAAAUUUACAUAUUUAAACUCAUUAAGGAAGUUAGAAAAAUAAUAUACAUGUAAAUGCUCUAAAUCCUUAUCAAUAUAAAUAAUGAAUUUGUUGCAUAUGUGAACAUACAAGUAGUUAAUCAUAUUAAUAGUAAAUUAUUUGGUCUGGA